UUUCUUAUGAAAUUGAGAAAUGCCUCUCAUGUAUUCUUGCUCAUUUUCACUUGAAUACAUAUUGAUAAAAUUUGCAACAUUUAUUAAGUAUUCUAAAUCUAUUAAGUGACGCCUCACUGCAUGAAGAAAGUAUUUAGCUCUCAAGGUAUCCACCUAUAAUCUGAAUUUGAUCCGUAAUGUCCCUGGGCGCUUCCUCCGUCUGUCCACAGGAUGUCGCUGUCGAACAAAAAACAACACAUCAUUCGAUCGUAAAGUGUCGAAAGACAACCGUGUUAUAUUGCUAAAAAAUAGGGGGGGGGGGGAAACCACGCGAUGAUUCCAGUUAAAAUGUAAUUAAGGAUAACAAAUAGGCCUACUUUCUCAUGGAGUCGUUUACCUAGUGAGCGUUUAACGCGAGAUGGGAGAAGACGUGAGACGGUCCUGAUGAUGGAGAGCUGAUGGAGAACAACAGCAACGACUUCAAGCUAACGUUUAUUUAUUAGAACUGAAACAUAUUUUCAAUGGACGCUAAAUAUCAGAAGUGACGUCGUCCAUAUGUGCGCCAUUGAGGAUGCUGUUGUUGUCUUCAGAGGAGAACAUGGUCGUGCUCGGAGCCCUCCUGAGUAUCGCCGGCUGGGUUUCUCUCUACUUCGCCCUAUGUCACGUCAACGGCCGCCGCAGCUCUGAGUGGAACUGUCGCCUUGUGACCCUGCUGCACGGCAUCCUUGCCGUCAGCAUCACGGCCUACAUUGGCUACGUGGAUGGACCCUGGCCUUUCACUUAUCCAGGUACAAAGAACACACCACUGCAGAUAAGUGCUAUGUUGUUGAGCCUGGGCUACUUUGUCUUUGACAUGGCCUGGUGCGUCUACUUCCGCACCGAGGGAGCUGUCAUGUUGGCCCACCACACCAUGACCAUCCUGGGAAUCAUGCUCACUCUCUGGCUGGGCGAGUCUGGCAUCGAAGGCUGCGCCGUCCUCUUCGGCAGCGAGAUCACCAACCCGCUGCUGCAGGCGCGCUGGUUCCUCAAGCAGACAGGACACUCCGGCACGCCACUGGCGCACACUGUGGACGCUCUGUUCGUGCUGCUCUUUGCGCUGAUGCGGAUCUUCGUGGGAGGAACAAUGCUGUACUGUGAGCUGAUCUCGCCGAGGCCCAGAUUCUUCAUCAAGUGCGGGGGCGUGGCCAUGUACGCACUAUCCUGGGUGUUCAUGGUGGACAUCGUUCGCUUUGCCGUCCGCAAGAGCAAAAGUUGGCACAGGCAGCAGAGGGAACGACAACAAGCUGCUAAUGGUCACGAAAGAAAGACAGACUGAAUUCUGACCACAGAGGCCAAGUCAAUGUUCGUACGUCCACCCAUCCAUUUUCUCAUCCACUUAUCCUCACAAGGGUCACGGGCGUGCUGGAGACUAUCCCAGCUGUCUUUGUUUGGGCUGUAGAUGGGAUACCCCCUGAACUGGUUGCCAGUCAGUCGCAGGGCACACAUAGACGAGCAACCAUUCACGCUCACAUUCACACUUAGGGACAAUUUAGAGUGUUCCAUUAAACUGCCAUGCAUGUUUUUGGAAUGUGGGAGGAAACCAGAAUACCCGUAGAAAACCCAGUCUCAUUGGACACAGGUGUCAAACGUUGCUCCUCGAAAGCCACUAUCAUGCACGUUUUGCAUGCCCCCGUGCCCUCGAGCACACCUGAUUCAAAUGAUCUGCUCAUCUGCAAGCUCUUCAGGAGCCUGAUAACGAUCCUGAUGAUUUGAACCAGAUGUGUUGGAGGAGGGAAACAUCGAAAAAAAAUGGAGGAUAAUGGCCACCGAGGACCGGCGAUUGAUACCUGUGCCAUAUGGCAUCGGUAUACUGGCUAAUGAACAGCAUUAAGUCAAACGAGAACCUUGCCACAGCAGUUUUUUGAUCCGUGUCUUUUACUGUUUGUCUGUCAGGCACCUUUGAAUGUCAAAUAGUUUUAUUACUUUAGUUUUAUUUUGGGCGGUUUGGAAUGUUAGAAUGUUUGAUAUGAAACAGUUUAAUUGUAAUUAAUGUGGCAAAAUGUUCGUUGUCGAGAGGUUGGGGGUUUGAAUCUCAACUCUGGCCUUCCUGUCAAGAAUUUUCAUGUUCUCCCCGCGCUUGGGAUUUUUCUAGUUGUUGUUAAUUGGAUAAUGUGCCCAUAGGUGUAACUAUGUCUGGAGGGUUGUUUGUGUACAUGUGCCCUGCGAUGAGUUAGUAACCAGUCAAGAGCGGUCCCACCCUUUUAUCGCAAAUUUUGUGUGUGUGUGUGUGUGUGUGUGUGUGUGUGUGUGUGUGUGUGUGUGUGAGAGAGAGAGAGAGAGAGAGAGAGAGAGAGAGAGA